GUACCACCCAUAGUAUGCUACUGCAUUGCCUCGAUCCUCAUGACCGUCGUGAACAAAUUCGUCGUCUCCGGACGAGAAUUCAACAUGACUUUCAUCCUGCUCUGCGUCCAGUCCACCGUCUCCGUGCUCUGCGUCGUCGCCGCGAAGCGUAUGGGCCUCAUAUCCUUCCGCGACUUCGACACGCGCGACGCGAAGAUGUGGUUCCCAAUUAGCUUCAUGCUCGUCAGCGUGAUAUACACGGGGUCCAAGAGUUUGCAAUACUUGAGUAUACCGGUGUAUACGAUCUUCAAGAAUCUGACUAUUAUUCUUAUCGCGUACGGUGAGGUCAUCUGGUUUGGCGGUCGCGUCACCGGCCUCACCUUCGCCUCAUUCAUCCUCAUGGUACUCUCCUCCGUGAUCGCUGCGUGGGCCGACAUCAGCGACGCGCUGACCGCCGGCGACCCCGCGGUCACGGAGGGCCUCGGGAUGCUCGCGACGAUGCGCGGCGUCGUGACGAACCUGAACAUCGGCUACUUCUGGAUGUUCAUGAACUGCGCGGCGAGCGCGACGUACGUGCUCUCGAUGCGGAAGCGCAUCAAGGCGACGGGCUUCUCGGACUGGGACACGAUGUUCUACAACAACCUGCUAAGCAUACCCGUGCUCGCGGCGUUCUCGAUCGUCGCGGAGGACUGGGGGACGGAGAAUCUGAGCAAGAACUUCCCGGAGGCGACGAGGAAUUUCCUGCUGUUCGCGAUCGCGUUCUCGGGCGCGGCGGCGGUCGCGAUCUCGUAUACGACCGCGUGGUGCAUCCGCGCGACGAGCAGCACGACGUACAGUAUGGUCGGCGCCCUGAACAAGCUGCCCGUCGCGGCGUCAGGGAUGAUCUUCUUCGGCGACGCCGUGACGUUCGGCUCCGUGAGCGCGGUCAGCGUGGGCUUCUUCGCCGGGCUGGUGUACGCCAUUGCGAAGAGCAACCAGAAGAAGGCCGAGAGCGCCGCGACGGGCGUCAUCCCCCUCAGCAGGAAGCCGUGA